GUUUUUUGUAUAUAUCUAUGGUUUAAAAUCAUCCAAUGUAUUCCACCGGGUGUAACAUCUUAUAGAUCAGUAUUAUCUUUGAUGACGACUCCUUCAAAGUCAAAACGUAGUGGGAAGGCAUUAUCUCAAACUUUGGAAGGAAUCAUAACUAUUAACUUUGAUCGUUUCCGAAUGCCCGGUCGUCUGUGGUCCCGAUCAAAAGAUCAAAAUUUCCCCAUCUUCUUCUUCGAAUCGGGAUCCCCUUCAUUUCCUCACCCCAAAAGUCAACCCUAAAUCUUUGUCGCCGGGGCAGCCAUGACAAACUCUAUCGAUGAUACAGAGUGGCACGAGUGUUUGGAUUGGAGCGAAGAUGGAGGGGUACUUGUUCCUUGUAACGAUUCUAUCUUUCUAACUGUUCCAUCUAGAGACGAAGUCGAUGACGCAGUUUCUUCUCUUCAACAGGCGUUUAAAUUGUCGUCGUACUUCUCACGUCAAUCGAGCAUAAAACUUACCGGGGAUAGUGAUUGGAUUGAUCAUCACUCGGUGACUAUAUGCAGCAGUUCAAGAAUAUUACAACAGCAUAAUGGAUCAAAUAAUAACAGUGUUUACGAUGCCUUCCAUUUAUUGCAAACCGAUACUUCUGUACAGAGAGCGGUGGUCUCUUUAUCGCACGAUCAAACUGUUUGGGAUGCUGUGUUGAAGAACAAGGAUGUUAAGAAGCUGUUGGGAGGAUCAACUUUUCGAGGUUGUUUUUUUAAAUUUUAAUACUAAUUUCACGUUUCGUAUUAUUUUUUUUAUUAAUUUCAUUCAUUAUAUUCCACCUAUAACUUUCGAUGUUUAUUCAUUAUUUAGCUAUUGAACAAGGAGACAACAACAACUACAUAGACAACGGUACCUCAGACGACUCGAAUCCAGUGAAGGAUAUUAUGAGUUUCGUAUUUCCGAAGGAUGAGGGAAAAAACGUGCCACUUAUUAACAAGAUCGCGAGAUCCGUGAACGAUGAUUUUCAGCUUCCAAGCGGAAGCUCUAUGGGGGAGCAAAAUGGAGGCUUUAUGAAGGAGGAAAUUGAAGAUAAGAAACUGAAGACGAGUUUAUUUCUCACCAUCAUCGUCAUGCUUGUAGUAAUCGUCAAACGUUUCUGGCGGUUACGAGGCUGAAGACCGUAAUUCGUGUGCUUUUAUUGAAUAUUUGCUCAAAAUAAACCUUUCUCAUUCAGGAACUUCCCCUCCAUGUUUCGGUCUUCUUAUUUGUUCAAGUUUGCAAAAUAGAGUGCUCGCUUUUUUUUUUUGUAUAAACAUGU